AUCGGGAACUGGCUGCCAGGAAUACCGUGUGCGGCGCCCACGACGCCUUUGACCUCAUAAGGGCGGCACGUACUAGACGACUACCGCUGCUGCUGCUGCUGCUGCUACUGCUACUACUACCGCCACCACCAGAUGCAAUCAUCCUGAGUCACCUCUGCCUGAGUCACUUCUUGGAGUCAUUCAUAAGACAGCCGCCAGCCAUCGCCCACUCCUUCCCUCCACACGCCUACAUAGUGCUGAUCGUCGCGGCCAUCAUAGCUCCUCGCCGUCGAUUCACAUCUGCCUGCAUAACUGCCUGCCUCUCUCUAUCCAUCUCCCCACCGCCCUAAGUACACCUACACACUACACUAUACAUAGCCCGCUCCUUAGUCUCGUGCGCAACCCCCUUGGAAUCCGCCAGCCCUCGCCGCCCUCUCCUCAUCCCACACGCCAGCAUCGAGUCGACUUGCAGCCCAUCAUGUCAGCCUCGCAGACGCUCACCGGCGACCUCCGCAGCAGCGCAAAGGAGUUCAACCGCGACAAGAACAGCCGGGCCAAGUGGGCGUACGGACAGUCGUAUGGCCCAGGACGGCGCGAGGAAGACGGCAAGCCGCGGCCUGCGAAGCUGUACCCUCACAUCAAGUCGUCGUUCCCUGGCCACAUGAAGGCGCGCACCGCCUUCACCAAAGACAUGGUGUCGGCGAGCGACGACUCAUCGGCCGACGAAGACGUCGAGCACCCGUCGGCUGCGCCCGCGCCCGAUGCCGACAUUGCCUAUUCGUACGAUGCGCCUCGCGGCCCCAGCCACGGCAGCCAGACCCUCAACUACGCCCUGGACAAGGCUGUCGAGCGCUUCGAGACCAAGGAAACGGAGAAGCUGGUCAAGAACGAGUACGAGGUGCUGGACCUGGACCUGGACGACGCCGCCGCCGCCACUGCUGCUCCCCGAGCCAAGCGACGCGUCGUCGUGCCCGAGGAUGAGGACGACUACGAGUUUGUCGAUGCCUAA